AUGGACGGAACAGAUCCCAAGAUCCCGAAAAACGCUGAUUCAGGAUCCUGUCUUGAGGAUGAAUUAGAAAGUGAUAACAAUCAGUCGGCCAGACGCAGGACGUUUGAACAAUUUCAAGAAACGAUGGAUCAGUUCCAGCAAUGCAAAGUGGAAGCGGCCACAGAGUCUUUACAAGCUGGUCAUAAGCACUUCCUGAAUCUAACCCCAGAUAGUUUCGGAAACCCGACUGAUUACGAGAAGGAGCAGGUGGAUCGAGGUAGAAAGAUGUGUUUGAGUUAUUGCUCCGCUCCUCCUUUCUUUGGUGCUGUUUUGUUAAACCCUGAGCUGCCCACAGAUACGGAUGACCAGUUUUAUGCCAGAUUUACUAUUGUCUUUGGUGCUGUUGCACUCAAGCUGCAUGAAUAUAAAAUAGCUAUAGCCUUAUUUCAGCGAUGUGAUUCACUUUUUAUAUUUGAUACCACGCCAUGUCCUAAAAACAACGAGCAAGUUAUCAAUAUUUUAAGAGCAGUAGCCAAGGCUAAUGUAGGCUGUGUUUAUCUGAUUAUGAGAGCUAUGAACAAGGCUAAAGAUUAUUUAGAACGAGCGCUGGAGAUUUUUGAAACAUUUAAAAACAAAACUGACUCUCCAGAAAUAAACAUUGUUGCUGUACAAAUCAACUUAAGCUUAGCUUACCAGUGUCAGAAAAACUACCCUACUGCAGUGAAGUUGCAAGAGCGUCUUCUUCUGAAAGCCAAAGACCCCAUUAUUCCCCCACAUUUGGUAGCUGCCAUAUAUUACAAUAGAGCAGAGUUGUUCACAGAGCUCAAAGAACCUAUCAAAGCACUCAUGGAGCUGAGGAAAUUGGAUGCACUAUCUGUGGGGAUGAACAAUGAAGGAGGAAUAUUCUCAAAAUUCAUAUCUUCUAAAAUUUGUUUGGCGUAUCAAACGAUUGGAGAUGUGGCUCGUGCAGAGAAAAUAGCGGACCGCUUGGCUUUCCCUUCUCUUUCCCCUCAAUCGCUUUCACCACUACUAUCACCUUCCUCACAAUCGUUUUCGGCAGCAUCAGGGUCAGGGUUAGGGUCAUCAUCAUCAUCAUCAUCAUCAUUAUCGUCAUCGUCAUCGUCAUCGUCAUCGUCAUCGUCAUCGUCAUCGUCAUCUUCGUCAUCGACAUCGUCAUCUUCAUCGUUUGCUUCGUCACUGAUGUCUUCAUUUCCGUUUUUCUUUCCCGAUUUUGAAGGUGUCCUCGAAUGUAGUGGAAAAUUCCACUGGGACUUCUUAUUCGCAACAAUAUUGAAUUUAGUUGAUUAUCACUUAAACGAAAAAAACGUAGACUUUGCAUCUUUCCUUGACGUUUUUGUACCAAGUUGCCAAGAGACGCUUGGGAAAAACCACCCAACACAGGCAUCGUUUCUCUAUAGGCAAGGUGUUAGAUUCUUUCUAAUGAAAAAAAACUUGUCAUCAAAGCAUUUCUUUGAAGAAGCAUUGAGUAUUUUAACAAGUUUUGACUACGCUUCAGAUCACCCGGAUUUAGUGCAAUGUAACAUCGCUCUUGCCAAGCUUUUAUUGUGCGAGGACUUCCAAGAGGUUCCUCAGUUGAAGUCGCGCCCUGACCGAAGCUGGCGAGAAUUUCCUUGCAACGCGGCAGAUGGAGUUGUGAGCCCUGAUAUUCAAUCAUUUGGAGAAGACAACAACAAGUGGGACAGCAACGAAGAAUUUAACGAACCAGGUAAAAUUUCUAGUCAACAAAACCGUGAAGGCGAGCAUCACUACCGCCUUAAAAAUCCAUCUCAAAAGGAUAAAAACGGGAGAAUCAGCAUCUCACAGGAGAUACUGGAAACACCAAAUGAAGUCAGAGAUGGACAGAACGAUGUCCUUAAAGCUUCUUUUCAGGGAGGAGAUGUGGUUGCAGACAGCGGUGAAAACUGCGAUGUAUUUCCUACAAAUGGGGCUUGCGGCUUUGACAAGGAUUGGAAUACCCAAGCUGUUGCCCUUCCAAAAACACCAGGAGAUUCCCAUGAGAGUAAUUCGAAAGAAAAAAGAUCUCUUGGUUUGAAAGGUGGACGCCGAAGCGAUCUUCCGUCAGGCCACAGUUCACAAAGAGAUCCAAGUGAGGAUGACUUUGGAACAAAUCACAUCGGAUUAGAUCCCAUUUUUCUCGCACGUCAUUCUUGUGGGUGCAAUGCAUCUGAUGAGCGCUGGGAUUCUUGUGGCCCAUGUGAAGAUUUAGAAUUUCCUGCAGGUACACACUCCGAGUACAACAGAUCUGGAUGUAUGCCUGAAGUGUACCACCCUACUCCCCUAAGUUCAUUGAUACUUCCCGAAUGUCGUGAUUUUACAAAAUUUUAUGCAGGAGAUUAUUCUGCCUACGCCAGUACCACGGGAUCUCCUCCACAAAUAUACUCAAGUCGUGAUGGUUAUCAGCCGCAAAAGUCAUCCCUCAACUUAGUCCUGAUGCCCAAAACUGUUCCAGCGAAGACCAUAGGACUGCCUCAAUCUUCAAGCUUCGUCGAAGAUGGAUCUAAAGCAAAUCUCACGUUGACAGUCAGAGAGUUUCCCACUAGUAAUGCACGGGCAAGAACUCCGCCAAAUAUCUUCACAAAUGGACAUGUACUCGCCGAAAGGCCGAUGUUGUCAUCGCAGUUUGAAAGAGGAGAUGACGCUACGGGAUUUCUUCUGGACGGGGAAAGUGCAGAAGCUGGUCAGGGUCUGUUGAACAGUAAUUCAAACACAUUUGCUGACGAGUCGUUGGCCGUACUCGAGCAACGUGUGGCUGAAGCUUGCUGUCUUGUCGAGAAAACGUUGAAAGAAAGACAAGAAAGAGAGAAAUCGAUGAAGGAAACGGAGCGAAAAAGAAAAGAAGAGUGGGCAAGGAAACAACAACUUGCACGUGAAAGAAAAGAAAGGGAAGCGAGGGAAGCGAGGGAAGCGAGAGAAACGGAACUCAUGAAUAAAAGAGUAGAAGAGAACUCCACGAGCGGUGGACAAGAAACACCUUCGCAAGACUCGGCUCCUGCUGAGGUUCGACAAUGGCUGUGUGAACAUUAUCAGCGGCUCUGCCGUGUUAAGUUCUCGUGCUGCGGAAAGUUCUUUCCUUGUCAUCGUUGUCAUAACAACUCUGGGUGCCCAAAUGAUAAUUCCAAAGCAAGAGAGGCGUGCUCUGUUGAGUGCUCUGUUUGUAGCCAUCAACAAGAGAUCAACCAGGACGCCCACACCUGUGUCAGAUGCAAAACAAGGUUCUCAGCAUAUUUCUGCUCGGUGUGUAAACACUUCACAGGGGAGGAUAAAGCUCCUUAUCACUGCGAAAAAUGUGGUAUCUGCCGUAUCUACAAGGACCGCUCCUUCCACUGUGAUGUGUGUAACGUCUGUCUGGACAAACGGCUGGAAGGAAAACAUUCUUGCCGAGCAAAUUCAGGACACGAUGAGUGCUGCAUCUGUUUAGAGGACGCUUUCAGCGGUUGUCAGAUCCUGCCAUGCUCACACAAGGUUCACCGAGAGUGCGCUAUUGCUAUGAUACAGAACGGCGUUCGCAGCUGCCCAAUUUGUCGCCAUCCUUUGUACAGUCAGACAGGAAUGAGUGAAUAACAAACUCGACUCCAGUGCUCAGAAUUCCAAGAAAAGGCAAAUUGUUCCUAAUUGCGA